GCCUCCCAAGAUGGCGGUGUGCAUCGCAGUGAUCGCCAAGGAGAAUUACCCCCUCUACAUUCGCAGCACCCCCACGGAGAACGAGCUGAGGUUCCACUACAUGGUGCACACAUCUCUGGACGUGGUGGAUGAGAAGAUCUCCGCAAUGGGGAAGGCCCUGGUCGACCAGAGGGAGCUGUACCUGGGCCUGCUCUACCCCACGGAGGACUACAAGGUGUACGGCUACGUCACCAAUUCCAAGGUGAAGUUUGUCAUGGUGGUGGAUUCCUCCAACACAGCCCUUCGAGACAACGAAAUUCGCAGCAUGUUCCGGAAGCUACACAACUCCUACACAGACGUGAUGUGCAACCCCUUCUACAACCCGGGGGACCGCAUCCAGUCCAGUGGGUCUGUUUCUCUUAGCAGGGCCUUUGAUAACAUGGUGACGUCCAUGAUGAUACAGGUGUGCUGAAUGAGCUGUGCUGCCGGCCAUCACAGAGGAUCCCACGCGUGACCGUGGUGGCCGUCAGUCUGUUCUCGUCGCCUCUUCCUGAGUGGGACGCCCGGGGCUUUCAGGGCAGGCAGCUGUGCAUGUUCUCUCAACUAAAGGUCUUGUGAGA